GAGGGCACCCAGCUUUUUCAUUGCAAUGGUUCGAGCGUUCGAGUUGAACUCGGUCCGGCAGGCGGCGUCGAGGGCGUUUUGAGCGUUGUUCUUUCGAAGCGCGCUUUUUGUUGCUUCUGUAGCGUCUUUGACGUGUGCCGGUGAUCAGCUUCCUCCAUUUGGCAGUCCGCUUUAGAAGCACCUUUCUCGUUCGAGGAUUCGACUCUUCGCGAAACGCCUUCCACGUCACGUGGGAAUUCCUCGCGGCUUCAUGGACUCGCACUACAGGCUCAUCGCGGAGAGACAGGGGUUCAUCCCCACCAGGUGGCGGGACGACCGCCGUCUCAGUGCGUCGGCAACCCCUCUCGGCGUCGGCGCCUGCAGCAACAGCGACGCCCUGUGCGACAGCCGGGGCCGGUCUUGCUAUUGGCCCGUGUUCUUGCCGCCCGCGCCACCAGCGGCAGCUGCUGGAACUCAGGCGACGGCACCGACGGCGCCGUUACGCGGGGCGAAUGGAACCCCCAGCAUCAGCGGCGGCGGCGGCGGCGGCGUCCAGCUUCCUCUGGCAACCAUGGGCAAGGUGCGCCAGCUGGCCGACCGGGCCCGCGUGAUGGACUCCCACAGCACGGGGCCCGGGCCGGCGUUCGUGGUCGAGACCCAGGAGCCCGCGGGCGCGCGGGCCGACGAGCCGCGGUCGUGCUCGGCUGCCGCGGUGGCCACGAGCCGGUUCCGGCAGAACUCCCGGCUCAUGGGCGUGCUGCUCAGCGAGCGAGUCGUCGAGUCAAACUGGAACCAGGACUGGCCGAAGGUGUACUCGAAGCGGCGUACGCAGCGCCUGUUGCUCGAGAAGAAGCUGUGCGCCAUGCGGCGAGAGACCCGCGAUCUCGAGGUACUGCAGAAAGAGCAGCGGCGGCGGUGGCUGAGGGAGGCGGACGCGUUCCGCGAGAACCUGCGCAAGUGCGGGCAGAAGGAACACCUGCUCGAGGUGGCUCGUACCUGGAAGGUCCAGGGCAGCGCGUCGGGCCAACCGACCAUGCCUAGCAACUGCAAGACGGCAUUUCGCCUCAAAUGCGUCCCUUAGCUCGCUCCUUGUACACAGCGAAGCUUUUUUUAAAAUCGUUUUUGCUUGCUUGCCUACUUGCUUGCUUGCUUGCUUGAGGAAUAAAGCUGCACGUAUUGUCA